UGCUGAACGGAGCAUCCAUUCCGGCUGCAACCUCAGUGCAAACUUUUCAUCACCACAGAGUUGACGUGAUACCGCGCUGCCUAAAAUGGAUGACGCGGUGCAAUCAAUUAGCUAUAUUAAAACGGAGCUUAUUCCGGGUAUGGUGGAGAGGCAAGAGUUGACAAUUGAUGGCGCCCAUGAUAACGAUGGUGCUGCUGUGCGGUUAGAAUCUGUGGAAGCAUGGCCUCUGCAGGCGGAUGGAACGUUUAUGCUUACGAACUUGUUCAAAGCAAAAGUGGUGUUUAGCAACCGAAAUAGCCCCGAUGUGAGACAGGAACACCGCCUUGUGAUUAAAAUCACCCCCGCUGUCACUGAGGAAAUCUAUAUAAGCUGCCAAUUUGACACCCUGUUCGAGAAUGAAGCCCUCGCCUACACUGAUAUCAUUCCAGCACUAGGAAAAUCCGAGCUCUAUCCAAAGUACUUUUACUCGCACAGAAAACCCUUCAACGCCGUUAUGGUUUUGAGUGAUUUCUCCGUAGAUGGUUGGAAAAUGGCUCCGAUGGUUGUUAACCUGCCAUUGGAAUAUUGCUUAUUAGCAGCUCAAGAACUGGGUCGAUUCCACGGAGAGUGUUACGCCCUCAAAGAGCAGAAGCGGGACUUGUUUGAAAAUAUCAUAAACAAGUUCAAGGAAUCUCGUUAUGGUGCGGAUAUGCAGAGCUUGAAGUGGAUGGAAGUAAUGCGAACAGUACCGAAGCGACUUGUGAAGGCAGUCAGGGAAAGUAUUUUCAAAGACCUGAUCCCGGAAGAAUACCUGCAGAAGCUAGUCUUGGCGCUUGACGAUAUGUGGAAUAAGCUAAAACUAGCUGUUCAACCAAAGGAACCACUCGCAGUUAUUUGCCACGGGGACUUUUUGCGAAACAACAUGGCGUUCAAAUAUUGUGACAAAACGAACCCAGAUAAACCAACCCAUGUGAUGAUGUUUGAUUUCCAGACACUUCGAUACGCUUCUCCGAUGAUUGAUUUUGCAGUAUUUAUUGCCGUGUCAACUGGAUACGAUGUACGAAAGAAGCAUUUCGAAACCAUAUUCCGGACAUAUCAUGACAAGUUGGUGGAGACGCUUUGUUGUGUUACUCAAACCAAUCCUGUCGACUUACCUAAGCAUUACAGUUACGAGUCAUUCCAGAGAGAGUUUGCCACUUAUUAUACCUAUGGAUUCAAGAUUGCAAGCAGCUUUUUGAUGAUACUAUACGAACCGGUUGAUAACGUUAUGGCUAUGGAAAGUAUGACGGUCGAGGAGACAAUAGCGGACUCUAUGAGACGUGGUGGCCCAGCACUCGAUAGAGAAUUGGUCGCAAUGGUGUACGAAAUGUACAAAAUGCAUACGCGAUACAAUAUGGAUCCCGAAUAAAGUUUAAGGCUAUGUUCGAAGGAUUGAAAGUGUAAAAUGGUAAAUAAAUAUCACGAUAAACUGCAA